GCGUCAGUAGCUCCCUGGACGCCGUGGUGGUAGUGUGCGUACCGGAAUCUCACAAGAAAGUGUGUCGAUCGUCAAUGGAUACACGGGUUGUCACGGCACCUGCUGGAUUUGUUUUGUAAAGAAAUGGACUGAGUGGUGAUGUAAUUCCUGGUCAGGCGACACAGAUAUGGUGAAUGACGUAAUGAGGCAAGUGAAGCUGAGGACCUUGUGGUGUGUUCUUCUUGCUGCCAUAUUUCCUCAAGGAGGUAUUGGAGUGAAGAUGCUGAGAGUGUCCGUGCCUCAGUACACUCUCAAGGGCGAGUCUGUAGAACUCAUCUGCGAGUUUGACCUGAUGGGAGACAAGCUGUACUCCGUCUCCUGGUACAAGGACCAUGAUGAGUUCUACCGUUAUGUUCCCAAGGGCAAGCCCAGUCAGCACAUCUACAGGGUGGAUGGCAUCAGGGUUGAUCACCUCAGCUCUGACGCCCAGAGGGUAGUGAUAAGAAAUGUCCCUCUCCGAGCCAGCGGGAUGUACCGGUGCGAGGUUUCUGCUGAGGCUCCGGCUUUCUCGUCCGUCAACGGAGAGUCCAUGAUGAAUGUAGUAGCACUUCCUAAAGAAGGACCUGAGAUUGAGGGAGAAGAAAGGAACUACCAGAUAGGCGACGAAAUCAACCUCAACUGUACUUCAGCCAGAUCUUUCCCGGCAGCCACCCUGCAGUGGUACGUCAACGACAAAUUGAUGGGCCGCAGCAACGAGACAAUGAUAGUCCAACAACACGGACUGAUCACUUCAAUAUCCAGGCUCCACUUCAGGGUGGGACCCGAGCACUUCCGUAAGGGGCGUCUGCAGGUGCGGUGUGUGGCUACCAUCUCCACCUACCCCUCAAAUACUACCGGCACUUCCAUGGCACCUGCCCCGGCACCAGUCCUGCACUCGCCCGAGCAUCACCGUCUGUCUGCAUCCAGCCCACCUCCCGCACUUGACUACAGCAAGGAGGCUCUCUUCUCAGUGACUGGCACAGCGAGUUCAGCCAGAGUGGGAGCAACACUUCUGUUAGUGACGUCACUGGCCUCACUACUCUCGUGACUCGAAGUCCUUCUGUGAGUUGUGGACGGAGCUUGACCAGCAACAGGGUCUUUGUUCAGUGUAAUAGAUGUUUACAGACGUUUCGUUCGAGAAGAUGUUCACACUUUCUUGUAAUAUUUGUAAAUAACGAACUGUAAAGUAAUCUUAAGUCUUUGCUAUGUUUAGCCCCAUAAUUCUAUCAUUUUACUGGUAAUUAGGUAAUUCAUCACUGUACCAUGAAGGUAGAUUCAACGCUAAAAAUGUUUCCUGGAUUAUUAAUUCACGCAGUUGCCACACAGUGUGUCUUACUCUAUAAUUAUUAUAUUAUAUUAUGAACUCAGUUGGUGUUGAUAUCUGGUGUUGAGCUUCCUCUUCAUAAAAGAAAAAGAAGUAACAGCAUUAUCCACUUUAUUGUCUCGUCCUAACGUAUUUAAAGUGGCGAGUUAUCCAAGUUGUGUUUUUCAGUUUCUUUUUGGUUAUAUUUAGUAUAAACAUAAAUUGAAAUUUUAUAUUUUAUGAAUGUUAAUCGGUGUGCCCCCCAGUAAUGGGUUUAUUCCAUACGAUUAUGAUUGGAAGUUUUUUAGUGUUGGAAGUAGUAUAAAAAUAACACAUCCAUAUUCUAAUAUUAUAUGGAGUUUAUUUUGUCACAUCUUAAACAAUUUCUUAACAACAAAAUUUCCCUAAAUUUAAUUAUUAUAAUUGGUCUUUAUACAUUAAAGAUGUAAGUAUUUGAAAUUUUCUUUGCUAUAUUCAUAUUAAUAAAUUUCUUAACUUACAUGACACAUGCUGACAAACAUGAACAGCUGGAGAAGUGUAAUCUUCAAAAACAGGAUAUACUGUUAUUGUCUUUGGUAUAAGCCUAUUUGUACUGACUCUAAAUAUAAAUCUUAAUUUGAAAGUGUCAACGAAGAAAGACUCUGAUUUCUUCCGGUCGGAUAGUUAUUUGUAGUUUUCUUCUUUCAGAUACAUGUUCUGUCACUUAUUACCCUUACUGAAGGUAAACUGCGUUAAAUAUUUUUUUUUGUAAUUGCUAAUGAGCUUAGUCAAUUAAAAUGCAAGGAGCUGAAUAUAAAUAUUGGUAGCAAAGAAUGUUACAUGCUGAUAUAAUAUUAAUAAUGCGAUGUGACACAAUUCAUUCAUCCACAUGUUUUAUAAAUUUGAACCAUUCAGCAUUCUUCACAUACGAUUACUGACAAUCGUUUAAGGGUUGAAAUUCAUAAAACAUGAAUUGAAUUAUAUUAUAUCAGAACAUGUUUUACUUUCCAAAUUGUCUGUACUGUUUAAUUUAAUAUUUAAUUUCAAUAUUUUCUGUCAAAAUAUCCAUAUACAUUUAUGCUGUUCUAUUAAAUUUCCCAUAUUUUUAUAAGUUAACACAUUAGUUUCAUAGUAUUAUAACUGUUAUGAACAUGGAUAUAAAAUUAAUAUAAGUACUGAUUUAAACAUGAGAAUAUAUUUGUUAUACGUAUAGCUAUAAUUCACUUUAUGUACAGUCGUGCUUAGUAAAGUAUCUUUUUAUCGCCAGGUGUUAAUGCUUUCAAGCACCUUCUAUGGAUUAAUAUAAUUUUAUUUGGAAUAAAAUAUUUAUCUUGUUA